AUGACCAAAGGUUGUUACACCUGCCGUCGCCGCCGCAUUAUCUGCGACAAUGGCCUCCCCACUUGUCGGAAAUGUCGGGAUGCGGGGAAAGAGUGCCUGGGAUAUCGUAAACCUCUUGUCUGGGUCAAGGGUGGUGUUGCUAGUCGAGGAAAGAUGAUGGGACGCAGUUUUGACGAUGUCAUGGGUGCUGCAACAGCUCAAAAGACUGAUAUCCACGAUGCGAAUACCACGCUCGCCGACGGUGCGAUGCCACCGCCCACCACGGAAGCUCAUGCUCCAAUUGAAUCGGACAGACUUGCGGCAUGUAGGGCGGAUGAAACGUCAACUGCGUCAGAUGUUGAGUCUAUCAGCGAGGCUGUAAUAAGCACCGCUGGCGGCUUGGUCUCCACACAUUGUACUACUCCUGCCGCUAUCUAUAUCCCGACGCCUUGGGGACUGGUGGACCCUGUGUUGAAAGACCUCAGCCCGCUGUCAAGGUUCUACAUCCUUCACUUCAACCAGCAUCUAGUGAGCUAUCUUGCGUUGUAUUCCGAUGUCCGAAAUCCGUACCGUGAUUUGACCUUCUUGGUUGGCGAUUCCCCUGUCCUCGCCCAUGCUCUCGCUGCCACAGGGGCACUACACCAUGCAAUCUUGACAAACCUUGAGUUCUCGUUGCCCUGGUCCACAGACGGUGCGGGAGAUGGCGGCACGGCACUCUCUUCGGAAGAGGUGGAGCGAGCUGUGAUCAGCUCCAUGGCCAGGCGUCCAUCUUCCAAGGACUACGAGCACUUUCUUGGCUUCAAGCAACGCGCUCUUCGUCAGCUUUCGCUUGACAUUUGUGAUCCAGUCAUGCGUAACGACAACCGGACCUUGGCAGCAAUUAUGGUUCUCGCUCUCAUGGACGCCAUUGAAUCAGGAGACGGUGCUUGGAAGUAUCAUUUGGAAGGGGCGAAGAAAUUACUCAAGAGCCGGCAACAAUCAAAGUCUCCGGUUCCGGCGCAGGGCAUGAUGAACUGGCUGGACACCUUUGCCAUUGAUGGUUGUCUGCUAAUUCAGCUAAUGGGAUCCACCCUUGCGCGUCCCGGCUCUCUCACACAGCCUUUCUAUUCCUCCACUAUGGGCCCAGCGGUUCUAAAGCGUCUAGAAGAGACCUCCUGGGUCGGUUGCCCGGCCUAUCUGCUCGAAGUCAUCUUUUUCGUCGAGGCUGGACAUUUUGUGGCGCCUGACAAGGAUCCUAUCUUGCAACACACAACGUCGUUUUCCUCAGUCUUCCUGCCCGACGACUCCAAGCCGCUCCAAUCUCCUGAGGCCCUCCUCGAACACAUACAAGCCCUUGACCCAGUUGCGUGGGCCGAAUCAAUGCAGUCUUGUCUCUACCUCGAGGAUCUAUCGAUGCGCAUCGCCCUCGCCACCAUAUACAAGGCCGCCGUCUAUCUUUACGCCAGCCGCGUCCUCUCCCGCCCACGGUCAGAACGUAAUUCAAUGAUUACCACCUCGUUCAGUCUUCCUCCAGAUCAUGGCGCAGUAACCAACAUCCUCAUCCACCAGAUUGCACUCAUCCCGGUCGCCGAUCCACACUUCAAGUGCCUUAUCUGGCCCACGUUUAUCGCGGGCGCUGAAUGCCGCGAUCCCGCGCACCGCCCCUUCCUUCUCGAGAAACUCCGCGCUCUUUACUACGACAUAACGAGCGUUAACGUCCGCAACGCAGCGUGGGUGCUCAGCCUGAUGUGGCGCAAACGCGAUCAACGGCGCGAGGAGCGGAACAGGCGACGUGCAGAACAGGACGAGCUCUUCGACAAGUCGCCCCGCUCGCCUUUGACGACUGACUAUGACGACGAUGAUUUUGAUUGGAUACAGGAACUUGAUGAUUCACGAAUCGAUUGGCUGUUUAUAUGA